CUGUCAAAAUCUUUUUCAUCUUUAGAUGAUUUCGUUGCCUUCUAUGUACACAUCUUUCUCGUCACAUUAUCAAAUAAUCGAGCGUCAAGUAGUAAACUGAAAGUAGAGAAUAUUUACUUUAAUUGAUUGCACCAGAUGGUGGUAUAAUCUGACACUAUUUUGGGGUUGUACAGUUACCGCAAGGUGUCAUAUUAGUAGCUGUAUAUAUUGCUUGUCAUCAAUUUCAGAAAUAAUUCCACUAUUUUCCACUAUUUGUAAUCUUGUUAAAAAAAAUUGCCUAAAAAUCGCCGCAUGUCUUUAUACUAUAUUGCAGAUGUUUUAAUUCUGUUUAAGAAGUCUUCAUUAUUCAUAUGGAACAAAUUUGGCCUUUAUGUGAUGAGGAGUGGGUUUAGAGAUGCUGUAACUUAACUUUAUUCCACACAUUCAAAUAUUCAACUUGGGAUAUCUAAAAUUGAUAUUUGAAAUUGAAAUAAUAAUUCUCUAAUGGGAUCUAUGGGAGUGUAUUUGUGUGCUAUGUAUCAUUAUUUUACAUCUUACCAAAUGGGGGAAAAUAUUGCAAGCUUAAACCUGGAUUCCAACUUAUUGUGGCUACAAUGUAGGUCCCUCUGCCAGUCUCUGAUGCUCACAUUGUGAAGCAGCUGUGUCCCAUAGUGACUGACCCAGACAUAUCCUCUCCAUUUCUUCCUCUAUAAUAAGUCAAUUAAUGUCUUUAUUGACACCCACAGACUAUGACUUCAGCACAGAGGUUGCAGUUUAUGCAGGAUUUCAAUUUAUAUCUGAAGUUUUCUACAUUAAUUCUGGUUCAUGCAUUAAAGGAAUGAAAAUUUGAAAACCAUUUUAUGCUUAUUUAUAAAAAGAAAUCCUCAUAACAUAUUUAGAACUUGAUAUAGAUAUAUGUACACAUGUUCAAUAUGCAUUACAUUUUCUCUAACUGUUCUAUUGUUACCUAGUGAUUAUUGUGAUGUUGAUAUGUUCACCUACAGAUGGAUGUUUUCUAAAUAUCUUUCUUCAUGGAUGGCAGGGGAUGUUAUUUGUUAAGACAUUAGAUUUUCUGUUUAUCCCUUUGUUGUUUUUCUGUCGUUUUUCCAAACCUUGAUCUGUUCUCUUUACUAUCAUUCUGUACCUUUUGUUAUUUGUUGAUGGUUGAAUGUGAAUCUGUACUCUUUGUCUAUCUUUCUGUUUGAGUGCAGAUUCCAAAGGCAAGGUUUAUUCAACUGAUGUAUGGGGAAAACAGUUGUGUUGUUUGAAAUAUGUAAUUAUUGUUGAUUAUUGUUUCUUAUGGAGUCAAAAAUGGGUUAAAAUCCAUUUUGGUAGUGUAAGGUUUAGGUGAAUUUGGAAAUAACCAUUCAGCUGUUAUCUGAGGAAGUGUUGAAAAAUCAAAAUUAAAAAUAAGGGGUUAUUAGGUAGAUGAGGAUAAACAUAGGGCAGUCCAUCAGAACUUCUCUGUGGAAUUUCUCCUAAGCUCUUGAUACUGAUCUUAGAUUUAUUGACUGCAUUCAGGAGGAAACACAAAGUUAAAUUAAAAAAGGUGAUGUCUGCAUUUGGAAGUGACUGCCACUUUUACUACAACGCAACUUGCCUUAAGGGAGAUACAUGUCCAUUUAGACAUUGUGAGGCAGCAAAGACCAAUGAUGUUACCUGUACAUUCUGGAGACAGAAAACCUGCAUAAAACCAAACUGUCCAUAUAGACAUUCUGAAGUAGUCCCACAGACCAAAAAUAGAGCAGAGAUACCUUGCUACUGGGAAACACAACCCAUUGGUUGUACCAAAGCAGCUUGUCCAUUUAAACAUGUAAAAUCUCAGCAAGACUCAAACACAUCUGUUGAAGCAGCCCAGAUCCCUAGAACUGAAUCCCCUGUGGCUCCAGAUGUGGAUGUAGUAGAGGUACAGCCUGUAGUGGUGAAUCUGGCUGAAGAUUCAGAUGUUGAAAUGACAUCUCCAGUAAAAUCAAUCAACAGGGACAGAACAGCUGUGCCAGAUAAACCAAUAAGAAACCUGAUCCCAAAACGUACCCCUGAAACACAGCAACUGACCUCUAAUUUUGUACCAAAACACAAAGCUACAAUAACAGACAGUAAAUCAAAUAUUAAAAGCAGACUGACCAAUCAGAAUCCACCAACAGAAAACAGGAAGUCAGUGAAGGAGAGGUUAAAAUUAGGAACCUCUAACUCAGGUCAACAGAAUUCUGUUAAAGCAAGGUUAGGUGUAAACAAAGCAGAAACAUCAGUAAAAAAUCGGCUAGGUACAAGUCAACAGACAACAAACACAGAGGAAUCUUCACCUGAUGAUUCAGAUGAGAACAGUGAUGUGGAAGUUAAAUCUUUAGAACAAAUUCAGAGAGAGAAAGCCUUGAGAUCAAUGGGACUUAUGGAGUUAAAAGGUGGAAAGAUUGUCAAAAUAGCUGACUGGGAGAAGGAUCAGAGGGAUGACAGUCAGAAAUCAGAGGAAGAAACAGAGGAUAAGGAAGAGGAAAGCGAUGAAACAGAGGAGGAAGAAGAAAAGGAAAUCUCAGAUGAAGAGGAGGAUGACCUAACUGAACCAGAACCAAUAGAGUUAUUUGCCCCUGAUGAAGUAGAAGAAGACACAAGAACAUUCAUUUCUACAGACAGUAAAACAGUGCCACUAACUUCAAAUUUAGACAGUACACCUAACCCUCCUCAAGUUGAAGUAAGCAAUAGAAGCAGAAGAAUCGUUGUUGAAGAUGAGGGAGAUACAAAAACUCCAGUAUUAAAAGCAAGUUUGAAGAGGCGAUUGGGAAGUAGAGUUACAGAGGUCGCCAGAGAGUCAAGUCAGACCGAGAAUGAGCCAUCAGUCAAAAAGAGGCUGACGACAACUGUGGGCAGUUCAAAUAAAGGCACCAUCAAAACUAUCACAGGCAUUAAGAGUCGUCUUGGCACACUUGGUGAUGACACAGUUGUGUUAGACGCUCGUCAUAAAUUAAAACAGAAGAAGAUGGACAAUAUAGAAAAAAUUACUAUGUCCAUUCCUUUUGGUCCUAAUAAGGAAGGAGGAAAGGACCCCCGAGACAGUCCUGUGAAUUCAGCCUCAGUAAGGAAGAGAGGCUGGAGAAAAAUAAAGGUUACAGAGGAUGGGACAGACACAGACUCCAGCCGACCAGUAACGCCUGACAGACCGCUGUCAGCAAGGUCAUCUCCAGAAAAGUCAACAGUGACAGAGGAACCCAUCAGUCAGGUGAAGAGACAAAAGAAAGAAGUUGAUGCAGGAGAGCAGCUCCAGAAUUUAUUAACUCAGAAAAUGAGGAACAAUAUCUGGAGCAACAGGAAAUCAAAACCUGUGGGUGAAACACUUGAUAGUUUAGGAAUUGGUAUCAUUGAUAUAAAAGGAGGAAAGGUCGUCAAAAUGAGUAAAAAGAAACAGGAGGAAAACAGAGAAACAAAGAAGGAAGACAAAUUCCUGGCUCAGAUUGAAAAAUUAUCCAAAGGCUCAAAAAAGGAAGUCAGAGAGAGAAAGGUGUACGUUCCUCCAGCAUUACAGAAAGCUGGAGCCUCUGGUUUAGAUGCUGGAGACAAGAGAGGAAGAAUUAGUUACACUGAGAGUGAGUCAGGGGUUACAGAGGAGGACUCUAAUGACAUUCAGGUGAUGACCUUCUCUGAAAUUAUGGCAGCCAAAAGUCAGAGGCAAAAACGACUGUCAGAAAAAAAGAAAGCAGAGUUAGCCAGAAAGGAUUCGGUGGAGGAAUUACCUCAGGAAAACACAGAAGACAGCAAUGAAGCUCCUACAGAUGUGUUGAAGAUGGCUCAGAUGAUCACCGGGACAUCAGUUAGUCCUGUUAAGUCAGGGGAAUCCCAUCAUCAUCGCAGCAAAAAGAAAUCCAAGUGGAGGAAGAAGCAUAAGUCAUCUAAAGAGAAAAAAGACUCUAAAGAAAACAAACUUGGUGACUUUGUGGAGGAGUCCACUCAGGACACCAAUAAGUCAUGUGACACUGCAAUCUCAGAGGACUCCCAGAAUUCCAAUUUUGUCAGUUCCCAGCAUGCCUUGGAAUCUGUGGAUCCUGUUUUACUCAAAACAAAACGGCAAAAUUCAGAGACGGGAGGAAAUACUUCUGACAAGGAAGAGAUAAGUCCAGCAAAGAAAAGAUCAGAACAACUGCUGUCAGAUAGCUGGUUAGAUCUCGGUGAGGAGGAUUCAGAAGAAGUUGUCACUCAAGAUGAAGAUGACCUUCUGCGAGAAAUUGAUGAACUUUUAGCUUAAUUAUUGUCUAUUGUUUAUCAAAUUUCACUUUGAUCUCUUUAUUUGUCAAUUAAUUGGUAUAUCUGUGAAAUGCCAGGUGCUGGAAAAAAUUUCAAGGAAAUCAUAAUUUUAUUUAUUUCUCCAGAGAGCUUUUGCCUAAUCAUUUGUUUUUGUGAUUAGUGCAUUAUAUUCAUUUGAUUGAAAACAUCAUUUCUGUUUAUAAGACCUGAAGUCUUUUCUAUCAUGAAAUCAUUUCUGUUUAUAAGACUUGAU